CAAAAGGCCAAAGAUAACCGGGCGGCUCACCGCAUCAACAAGGUGCAGAAGCAGGCGGAGAGCCAGAUCAGUAAGCAGACCAAGGUGGGCGACAUAGCCCGCAAAACCGAUCGGCCCACCCUGCACCUACGCAUUCCCCCUCAGCCAGGGAUGCUGGGCAGUCCCCCUCCAGCUUCUGCUCCGACUGUCUUCAUUGGCAGUCCCCCUACCCCAGCUGGCUUGUCUACCUCCUCGGACGGGUUCCUGAAGCCACCAACGGGCACGGUGCCCGGCCCUGACUCGCCUGGUGAUCUCUUCCUCAAGCUCCCACCCCAGGUGCCCGCCCAAGUGCCUUUGCAGGACCCUUUUGGACUGGCCCCCACCUAUACUCUGGAGUCUCGCUUCCCCACAGCACCACCAGCCUAUCCCCCCUAUCCUGGACCAGCAGUGGCCCCCGCGAAGCCUCAGAUGCUGAGUGCUCCCCCUCGGCCUGGGGCUGGCCAGCCUGGAGAGUUCCAAUCCACCCCACCUGGCACCCCAAGGCACCAGCCUUCCACACCUGAUCCUUUUCUCAAACCCCGUUGCCCCUCACUAGACAACUUGGCAGUUCCAGAGAGUCCGGGGGUGGGUGGGGCCAAGGCUUCUGAGCAACUGAUGUCCCCUCCACCCUUUGGAGAACCUCGGAAGGCCCUAGAAAUAAAGAAGGAGGAGCUGGGGGCAGCUUCUCCCAGCUAUGGCCCCCCCAGCCUUGGUUUUGGAGACUCACCUUCCUCCGGGCCCCACUUAGGCAGCCUGGAGCUAAAGGCACCGGAUGUCUUCAAAGCCCCCCUGACCCCUCGGGCAUCUCAGGUAGAGCCGCAGAGCCCGGGUAUAGGCCUGAGGCCUCAGGAGCCUCCCUCUGCCCAUGCUGUGGCCCCCUCACCCCCUAGCCAUGCAGACCUAUAUCGCUCAGCUCCUUCUGGCUCCUAUCCUGAGUCCUAUUCACAGCCCCCACUGACACCCCGGCCUCAGCCUCCACCUCCUGAGAGUUGCUGUACCCUGCCACCUCGCUCCUUGCCGUCUGACCCUUUCACUCGAGUACCUGCCAGCCCCCAGUCUCAGUCUAGCUCUCAGUCACCCCUGACACCCCGCCCGCUGUCCACCGAAGCCUUCUGCCAGUCACCAGUCACCCCUUGCUUCCAGUCACCUGACCCCUACUCUCGUCCACCCUCACGGCCCCAGUCCCGGGACCCUUUUGCCCCACUACACAAGCCACCUCGGUCCCAGCCCCCUGAAGUUGCCUUCAAGGCCGGGCCCCUGGCCCAUACUCCAUUAGGGGUAGGGGGCUUUCCAGCGGCUCUGCCCUCUGGGCAAUCAAAUGACCAUCACGCUAAGAGCUCUGGCGGGCAGCCUCCAUCUUUUGUCCGUUCUCCAGGGGCAAACGUGUUUGUGGGCAAUCCUUCCCCCAUGCGCUUCACUUUCCCCCAGGCAGUGGGAGAGCCGCCCCUGAAGCCCCCUGCCUCUCAACCUAGUCUCCCUCCACCCCAUGGGAUCAACAGCCAUUAUGGGCCAGGACCCACUGUGGGCAAGCCCCAAAGCACAAACUACACAGCAGCGGCAGGCAGUUUUCACCCAGGAGGCAGCCCCCUGGGGCCAGGCACCGGGCCACCAGCUGAGGGCUAUGGGCUGUCUCCGUUGCGUCCACCAUCGGUUUUACCACAGCCUGCACCGGAUGGUCCUCUCACCUACCUGCCCCAUGGUGCCCCACAGCGGGGGAGCAUCACCUCCCCGGCUGACAAGCGAGAAGACUCAGUGUCUGGGAUGGCCACCUCCCUGGUGGGUCCUGAGCUGCCAGGUCCCCAGGACCCCAGCAUGGCUAAUCUGAGCCAAACAGAGUUGGAGAAGCAGCGGCAGCGCCAGCGUUUGAGAGAGCUAUUGAUCCGACAGCAGAUUCAGCGUAAUACCCUUCGGCAGGAGAAGGAAACAGCAGCAGCCACCAGUGCUGUAGGGCCAGGCAGUUGGGGUGCUGAGUCUAGCAACCCUGCUUUUGAGCAGCUGAAUCGAGGCCCCACCUCCUACCCUGGGGCACAGGACAAAAGUGGCCUUACAGGAUUGCCCCCUAACAAACUAAGUGGCUCAGUUCUGGGACCUAGCCCCUUCCCUGCAGAGGAGAGACUCAUUCGGCCACCACCACCCCCUACUCCUUCUUCCAUUGACAUGAAUGGCCGGCAACUGGUUGGGGGCACCCAAGCCUUCUUUCCACGGGGGCCCUUCUCUGGACCUCUGCCCCCUCAACAGCAACAGCAGCUCUGGCAGCAGCAGCAGCAGCAGGCCGCUGUGGCUUCCAUGCGGCUUUCCAUGCCUGCAAGGUUCCCUCAACCACCUGGGCCGGAACUUGGCCGGACAAUCCUAGGCCCUCCUCUGAGUGGGCUUUCCAACCGCCCUCCUGGCCCAGGGGAGUCACUUCCUGGUCCUGGUCCUGCUCAGUUCAUCGAGCUUCGUCACAAUGUGCAGAAGGGGCCAGGGCCUGGUGGUGCCCCUUACCAUCUUCAGGGCCCCCCUCAGAGGCCACGAUUCUUCUCAGUGGCUGAGGACUCCCAUCGCCUGGCUCCGGAUAGUCUUCGACCUGUGGCAGUGUCCACCCUGCCCCCACAGAAACCCUCAGCUCCUCCACCACCUGAACUGAGUAACAGCCUCCACCCCCUCCCCCAUCCCAAGGGUCCUAGCCUUCCUGCUAGCCAGGAGCUGGUUGGCCGAUCUCCCUCUAGCACAGAGGCAGGACGUCCACCCCUGGUCCUGGAGUCUGGAAAACUGCCCUGUGAGGAGCCUGAGCUGGAUGACGACUUUGAUGCCCAUAAGGCACUGGAAGAUGAUGAGGAGCUGGCCCACCUGGGGCUUGGGGUAGAUGUGGCCAAGGGUGAUGAUGAGCUCGGCACCCUUGGAAACUUGGAGACCAAUGACCCCCAUCUGGACGACUUGCUGAAUGGGGAUGAAUUCGACCUCUUGGCCUAUACAGACCCUGAGCUGGACACUGGUGACAAGAAGGACAUAUUUAAUGAACACUUGCGACUGGUAGAAUCCGCCAAUGAGAAGGCUGAGCGUGAGGCGCUCCUGAGGGGCACAGAACCCAGCCUGUCUGGUGCUGAGGAGCGCCCACCCCCUACCACUGAUGGACCUGAUUCCCAUCUCGCCCCCGGGGCCACUGAAGUGAAGCCUAAAUUAGAGGAGGGUGGACACCAGGCCUCUCCUUGCCAGUUCACCGUGGCCACCCCCAAGGCAGACCCGGUGCCUCCUGGCACUCUGGGGCUGGGGCUGAAGCCUGGGCAGAACUUGCUGGGGCCACGAGACGGCAGGCUAAACAUGGGUCCCUUCCCUAACAAUGUGCAUACCGCUGAGAAGAGUCCCUUUGGAAGCACAGCAGGUCCCCCACCCCAGCUGUUGACCUCGAGCCCACUGAGUGGCCCAGGGGGAGCAUCCUUGCUGGAGAAGUUUGACCUGGAGAGUGGGGCCCUGACCCUGCCUGGUGGGCCUCCACCGUCUGGAGAUGAGCUGGACAAAAUGGAGAGUUCCUUGGUGGCCAGUGAACUGCCUCUGCUCAUUGAGGACCUCCUGGAGCAUGAGAAAAAAGAACUCCAAAAGAAGCAACAGCUCUCUGCCCAGCUACAACAGCCACCCCCACCCCCACCACCCCCACCCCCACCCCCACCCCCACCGCCGCCCCCACCACCGCCACCGCCGCCACCUCCACCACCGCCGCCCCCACAGCAGCAACAGCAGCAGCACCUCUUGCUGGCCACCUCAGGCACUGCCCAGUCCAUGCCUCUGCCCCAAGAAGGUCCACCUCCUGGCCUGGCUGUUACCCCACAACAGCUUGCACUAGGGCUUGGGGCUCGGCAGCCUGGCCUAGUGUCCACCCAGGCGAUGAUGUCCACCCAGCAACCAUCCCAUGCCCUGCAGCAGCGCCUGGUCCCUCCCAUGGCCAUGGUGCCCAACCAGGGGCAUAUGCUCAGCGGAGGGCAGGCAAGCUUGGUGCCUCAGCAGAAUCCACAGCCAGUGCUGGCCCAGAAGCCUAUGGGGGCAGUGCCACCAUCGAUGUGCAUGAAGCCGCAGCAGCUGGCGAUGCAGCAACAGCUAGCCAACAGCUUCUUCCCUGAUACAGACUUGGACAAGUUUGCUGCAGAGGACAUCAUUGAUCCCAUUGCCAAGGCUAAGAUGGUGGCCCUGAAGGGCAUCAAGAAGGUGAUGGCGCAGGGCAGCAUUGGGGUGGCACCAGGCAUGAACAGGCAACAGGUGUCCCUGUUGGCCCAGCGGCUCUCGGGAGCUCCUGGCAGCACUGACCUACAGAAUCAUGUGGCAGCUGGGAGUGGGCAGGAGCGGAGCAGCAGUGACCCCUCCCAGUCUCGGCCCAACCCACCCACUUUUGCCCACGGUGUGAUCAACGAAGCCGACCAGCGGCAGUACGAAGAGUGGCUGUUUCACACCCAGCAACUGCUACAGAUGCAGCUCAAGGUGCUGGAAGAGCAGAUUGGGGUGCACCGAAAGUCCCGCAAGGCCCUGUGCGCCAAGCAGCGCACCGCUAAGAAGGCUGGCCGAGAGUUCCCAGAGGCUGAUGCGGAGAAGCUGAAGUUGGUCACUGAGCAGCAGAGCAAGAUCCAGAAGCAGCUGGACCAGGUUCGGAAACAGCAGAAAGAGCACACAAACCUGAUGGCAGAGUAUCGGAACAAGCAGCAGCAGCAGCAACAGCAGCAGCAGCAGCAGCAGCAGCAGCAGCAGCAGCAGCAGCAUUCCGCGGUGCUGGCCUUGAGCCCCUCCCAGAGCCCCAGGCUGCUGGCCAAGCUUCCUGGGCAGCUGCUCCCAGGCCACGGGCUGCAGCCUCCACAGGGACCCCCGGGCGGGCAGGCGGGCAGCCUUCGCCUGCCUCCUGGAGGAGUUGCACUGACCGGCCAGCCCAGCGGCCCUUUCCUCAGUACAGCCCUGGGCCAACAGCAGCAGCAGCAGCAGCAGCAGCAUCCAGCCGGGGCAGGGACCCUAGCAGGCCCCUCGGCAGGCUUCUUCCCCGGGAAUCUUGCUCUCCGAGGCCUGAGUGCCGACGCACGGCUCUUACAGGAACGGCAACUCCAGCUGCAACAGCAGCGAAUGCAGCUGACUCAGAAGCUGCAGCAGCAACAGCAGCAGCACCUGUUGGGACAGGUGGCUCUGCAGCAGCAGCAGCAGCAGCAGCAGCAGCAGCAGGGCCUGGGGCCCAAGCCCCAGGGACUCCUGCCUCCUGGCAGCCAUCAGGGCCUCUUGGUCCAGCAGCUGUCCCCCCAGCCGCCCCCAGGGCCCCAGGGCAUGCUGGGCCCUGCCCAGGUGGCAGUGUUGCAGCAACAACAGCAGCAGCAGGUGCACCCUGGAGGUCUGGGUCCCCAAGGCCCUCACAGACAAGUGCUCCUUGCUCAGCCCCGAAUGCUAGGGUCCCCUCAACUGGCCCAGCAAGCACAAGGCCUCAUGGCCCACCGACUUGUCAUGGCCCAGCAGCAGCAGCAGCAGCAGCAGCAGCAGCAGCAGCAGCAGCCGCCCAUGACUGGGCUCUCCCAUCUCCAACAGGGAUUGAUGCCUCCUAGUGGGCAACCCAAGCUGGGCACCCAAUCCAUGGGGACGCAGCAGCAGCAGCAGCAGCAGCAGCAGCAGCAGCAACCGCAACCGACGCUGGGGCUCCUUAACCAGGGUCGACCUUUAUUGCCUCCCCAGCAGCAGCAGCAGCAGCAGCAAUUGCUGCCACCCCCAGCCAACUCUCUUACCCAGCAGCAGCAGCAGCAGCAGCAGCAGCAGCAGCAGCAGCAGGUGGCCCUGGGUCCCGGCUUGCCUGCCAAACCCCUCCAGCACUUUCCCAGCCAUGGAGCCUUGGGCCCAGCCCUCUUGCUUAGCCAGGGGUUGCCCUCGGGCCUACCAGGCAAAGAGCAAGCUGGGGCAGAGACAGUGCUAGUACCUGAAGGCACUGAAGCCUCCUCAGUGCACCUAGGAGGACCGUUGGCAUUGGGUCCUCCUACAGAAGCCCUGCCCCCAGAGCCAGUGGAGGUGAAGCCCCCCCUCCCUGGGGACUCUCACCUCCUCCUGUCCCAACCCCAGCCUCAUCCUCAGCUCCAGCCCCAGCCCCAGCCCCAGCCCCAGCCCCAGCCCCAGCCCCAGCCUCAGCCUCAGCCCCAGCCCCAGCCCCAGCCCCCUCAGAUGAACUCCCUGCAGUUACAGGCACCUCUGAGACUUCCAGGGCAGCAGCAGCAGCAGCAGCAACAGCAAAUCAACUUACUCCAUCCAGCGGGUGGUGCAAGUCAUGGGCAGAUGGCUGGUGGGCAACCCCCUGAAGUUACUUCCAUGUCCCACCUGCUGACCCAGCCCCUAGGUUCUGUAGGGGAGCGGGCCUCUGGGCUGGAUCGACCCCUAAAAGGGAGCCCAAGGCCACAGCCUCCCAAGCCAGGCCCUCUACCCCACCCUGGGCAGGGCCUACCAGGGCAUGCGGGAAUGCCCACAGUGGGGCAGCUGCGGGCCCAGCUUCAGGGUGUCUUGGCCAAGAACCCACAGCUUCGGCACCUAAGCCCUCAGCAGCAACAGCAGCUGCAGGCCCUUCUCGUGCAGAGGCAAUUGCAGCAAGGCCAGGUGCUAAGGCAAACAGUGCCCUACCUGGAGCCUGGGAGCCAUCCUUCUUCCUUGCAAGGCCUCCUGGGCCGCCAGCCCCAACCUGGGGGCUUCCUCGGAGCUCCAUCAGGGCCUCUACAGGAGCUAGGGGCGGUGCCCCGACCCCAGGGCCCUUCCCGGCUCUCUACCCCACAAGGAGCCAUAGCAUCAGGGCCAAACCUUGGCCUUGCACAACCCCCUCCUCUGCCAUCCAGCCCCCCAGAGCCAAAGAGACCUUCCCCACGAUUGCUGCCCCCUAGCCCUCAGCUUCCUGCUGAGGCUCAGCUCACCCCUACCCAGACUGAGAUCCCAAAGCUCCAAGAAUCCUCCUUGGAGCUACCUUCAGGGGACAUUCCACCCCCCUCGUCGGCAGCCUCCCAACUUCCAGAUGCUUUCUUUGCCAAGGGACCAGGACCUUGGGAAACCCCAGACAACCUGGUUGAGGCCCAUAAGCCUGAGCAGAACAACAUGAGGCCUGGAGAGGUGGAGCAGGUGAAUGGGCGGGAGAUGCCCGAGCCACCCCGUCUCAUGAUCAAGCAGGAGCCUCGAGAGGAGCCUUGUGCCCUGGGUGCCCAGGUGGUGAAACGGGAGGCUAAUGGGGAACCUGUGAGCACACCAGGCACCAGCAACCACCUCUUACUGGCAGGCAGCCGCUCAGAGGCUGGGCACCUGCUCUUGCAGAAGCUGCUUCGGUCAAAGAAUGUACAGCUUGGCGCAGGGCAUGGACCUGAGGGGCUCCGAGCAGAGAUCAAUGGGCACAUUGACAGCAAGCUGGCUGGGUUGGAGCAGAAGCUUCAGGGCACGCCAGUCGGCAAGGAGGAUGCUGCAGCCAAGAAACCAUUGACCCCCAAGCCCAAGAGGGUACAGAAGGCGGGCGACAGGGUGGCAAGUUCCCGGAAGAAGCUCCGGAAGGAAGAUGGGGUGAAAGCCAAUGAGGCCCUGCUGAAACAGCUGAAGCAGGAGCUGUCCUUGCUGCCACUUACAGAACCCAGCAUCACCAACAAUUUCAGCCUUUUUGCUCCCUUCGGCAGUGGCUGCCUCAUCAAUGGGCGGAGCCAGCUGAGGGGGGCCUUUGGGAGUGGGGCACUACCCACUGGCCCUGACUACUAUUCCCAGCUUCUUACGAAGAAUAACCUGAGUAACCCGCCAACGCCGCCUUCCUCGCUGCCGCCUACCCCACCCCCAUCAGUACAGCAGAAACUGGUGAAUGGGGUCACUCCUUCUGAGGACCUGGGGGAGCAACCUAAAGAUGCGGCCCCUGCCCGAGAGCCUGAUGGGGGACCACGGGAUGCUCCUGAAGUGAAGAGCUUGGACCUGCUGGCAGCGCUCCCCACUCCUCCUCACAACCAGACUGAGGAUGUCAGGAUGGAGAGUGAUGAGGAGAGCGACUCCCCUGACAGCAUCGUGCCAGCUUCUUCCCCUGAGAGUAUCCUGGGAGAGGAGGCACCUCGAUUUCCCCAGCUGAUGUCAGGCCAGCAGGAGCAGGAGGACAGGGCCCUGUCCCCAGUCAUCCCCAUCAUCCCCCGGGCCAGCAUCCCAGUCUUCCCAGAUACCAAGCCAUUUGGGGCUCUGGAACUAGAACCAACAGGAAAGCUGUCUGCCAACACCUGGGAAAAGGGCAAGGGGAGUGAGGUGUCCGUCAUGCUGACUGUUUCUGCUGCUGCUGCCAAGAAUCUGAAUGGUGUCAUGGUGGCUGUGGCAGAGCUGUUGAGCAUGAAGAUCCCCAGCUCCUAUGAGGUGCUGUUCCCAGAGAGUCCUGCCCGUGCAGGGGGUGCCGAGGCCAAGAAGGGGGAAGUGGAGGGGCCUGGUGGUAAAGAGAAAAGCCUAGGGGGAAAGCCCACCGAGGGUGGCAGUGACUGGCUGAAACAGUUUGAUGCAGUGCUGCCCGGCUAUACCCUCAAGAGCCAGCUGGACAUCCUGAGCCUCCUCAAGCAGGAAAGCCCUGUCCCAGAGCCGCCUGCCCAGCACUGCUAUAUCCACAACGUCUCCAACCUGGAUGUCCGUCAGCUCUCUGCUCCACCCCCUGAGGAGCCUUCCCCGCCCCCUUCACCCUCGGCUCCUUCCCCUGCCAGCCCCCCAGCUGAACCCUCAGCCCCAUCACCCCCACCACUAGUUCCCUCACCUCCGAUGCCUGAAGCAGCUCGCCCCAAGCCCAGAGCCCGGCCCCCUGAAGAGGGGGAGGAUUCCCGGCCACCCCGGCUUAAGAAGUGGAAAGGGCUUCGCUGGAAACGGUUACGGCUGCUGCUGACAAUCCAGAAGGGUGGUGGACGACGGGAGGGUGAGCGGGAGGUAGCAGAGUUCAUGGAGCAGUUGGGCACAGCCCUCCGACCUGACAAGGUGCCCCGUGACCUUCGGCGCUGCUGCUUCUGCCAUGAAGAGGGUGAUGGAGCUACUGACGGGCCAGCCCGACUCCUCAACCUAGAUCUAGACCUCUGGGUCCACCUGAACUGUGCCCUGUGGUCCACAGAAGUUUAUGAAACUCAGGGUGGGGCGUUGAUGAAUGUCGAGGGUGCCCUCCACCGAGGGCUACUGACCAAGUGUUCGCUGUGCCAGCGUACGGGAGCCACUAACAGCUGUAACCGGUUGCGAUGUCCUAGUGUCUACCACUUUGCCUGUGCCAUCCGGGCCAAGUGCAUGUUCUUCAAGGAUAAAACGAUGCUGUGCCCCCUGCACAAGCUGAAGGGGCCCUGUGAGCAGGAGCUGAGUUCUUUUGCUGUCUUUCGACGCGUCUACAUUGAGCGGGAUGAGGUGAAGCAGAUUGCUAGCAUCAUCCAGCGUGGUGAGCGGCUGCACAUGUUCCGGGUGGGAGGGCUAGUGUUCCAUGCCAUUGGGCAGCUGCUGCCCCACCAGAUGGCCGACUUCCAUAGCGCCACAGCCCUGUACCCAGUUGGCUAUGAGGCCACGCGCAUCUACUGGAGCUUACGCACCAACAACCGGCGCUGCUGUUAUCGCUGCUCCAUCAUCGAGAACAACGGGCGGCCCGAGUUCAUCGUCAAGGUCAUGGAACAGGGUUUGGAGGACCUGGUCUUCACUGACGCAUCCCCCCAAGCUGUGUGGAACCGUAUCAUCGAACCCGUGGCUGCCAUGCGAAAGGAAGCCGACAUGCUUCGAUUGUUUCCAGAGUAUCUUAAGGGCGAGGAGCUCUUUGGGUUGACAGUGCACGCCGUCCUACGAAUUGCAGAGUCGCUGCCUGGGGUGGAAAGCUGUCACAACUAUUUGUUUCGAUAUGGACGGCACCCACUGAUGGAACUGCCUCUUAUGAUCAACCCUACUGGCUGUGCCCGCUCUGAGCCCAAAAUUCUCACCCACUACAAACGGCCUCACACCCUCAACAGCACCAGCAUGUCCAAGGCAUACCAGAGCACCUUCACAGGCGAGACCAACACCCCAUACAGCAAACAGUUUGUGCAUUCCAAGUCAUCCCAGUAUCGACGGCUUCGAACAGAGUGGAAGAACAACGUGUACCUGGCUCGAUCUCGUAUUCAGGGCCUGGGGCUGUAUGCUGCCAAGGACUUGGAGAAGCACACCAUGGUCAUUGAGUACAUUGGCACCAUCAUCCGAAAUGAGGUGGCCAACCGUCGAGAGAAGAUCUAUGAGGAGCAGAAUCGAGGUAUCUAUAUGUUUCGUAUAAACAAUGAGCAUGUGAUUGAUGCCACACUUACUGGAGGGCCCGCCAGGUACAUUAACCAUUCUUGUGCCCCCAACUGUGUGGCAGAGGUCGUGACCUUCGAUAAGGAGGAUAAGAUCAUUAUCAUCUCCAGCCGGCGCAUCCCCAAAGGAGAAGAGCUGACCUAUGACUAUCAGUUUGACUUUGAGGAUGAUCAGCACAAAAUCCCCUGCCACUGUGGAGCCUGGAACUGCCGGAAGUGGAUGAAUUAAGCUCAGAGGCAACUGGGCAGGGGAAACCCUCCAAAGCCCUUCCCGAAAGGGUUGAAGGGGAAGAGAGCCAGGACCCAGAGUUGGGGCUGCUGGCUGACCAGAGCCCCAGGAGCAGGAUGGGGCUAAGGGCCCCGGGGCAGUGCCCAUUCUGGGCACCAGGGAUGACUUCCCUCCCCCACCACAGGCCCCAGGCUGGCAUAUCUGCCCCCAGCUCCAGGAGCCGACAGACAGAAACAGCCAUUGGGCAUCUCAGGUUCGGGGGGGGGGGGGGGUUGGGUAGAAAUGGGCUGGGAACUACCCAGCACCGUCUGGGAGGCAGCAGAGACGGUGAGGAGGGUGGCAGCUUGGGUCUCCCAGCCCCAGUGCUCCCACUGACGUCCCCAGCCCAACUCAAGGCUGCAAAGAGACUUGAUUAAGCUUGACAAUCCCAAAGGCUGGGUCCCCACACCUGGCCCUGCCCGCUGGGUCCUGUCCCCACUUCCUAAUCCCCUCCUUCCCUUUCUCUCUGUCUCCCUCUUCUCCUCUGUGUCUCUCUGUCCCUCUUUCCAUCUCUCUCUUUCUGGGUUGUGUUUCCUUGUUUUCUCUCUGACAAAUGCAACACGAACGGGAAAGAGGCACCCAGCUGCCCGGGUGGGGCGGGCAAGGCAGGCAAGCCGGGCAAGGAGAUCCUGCACCCACACCUACCUCAUUUAAGUGUUGGAUUUUUUGCUGUUUUGAAAUGUGAGACCCUCUCCCCAGCCCUCUAAUCCCUCAACCCCCUGUCUGAAUUGGGGGUAGAAGGGAGGGGAGGGAAAAAAGGAAAAUCUUUAGAAAAAAAAAAUCUGUUUUUAACUGUGGGCAUGGGGUAGUGACUAGGGCUGAUGGGAAGCAUUUGAGAGAGGGUGACCCCUUGAUCCCCUCAGAGGUUGUGCAUCUCUCCCCCUCUGAACAAGUUGGGAGGGGGAGGUGUUGGGGUUGUGUUUCAGAACCAGGGUGUCCUCCUCUUGUACUCCCAACCCCAUCAUGAGCCCAGUGCCUCCCUCAGCCUCUCCCUGGAAUCUGAGGGGAAAGAGGUUCUCUUGAGUUAUGUACCCAUUCCCCGUGGGGCAGGUUGGGGCCCAGAGCUCCCUACUUCCCCAGCCACCAAACUGCUGCUGGUCUGGUGGGAAAGGGAGGUGUUGGGGGUAGGGGAGCUUAGUGUCAUCGU